AUGAUAUAUACAGCACGUUGUUUCUCCUGUAUAUCGCAACUUUACGAAGCGGUUUGGCCUGCUCUUUCAUCGAUUUACAAAAAACCAAAAAAUUUCACUGAUCUAUGUAAUGGCAACAAUCUUGACCCACAAGUUGUUCCAUCCACUUUUUGUCCAACAAUUUGCAUACGAAUGUGGGAGGAACUGGCUAUAGCUGAUGAACAGUUUGUAGGAGUCCGAAUAAGAGGUCAUAUACGUGGAUGUCUCAAUGAACUUCUUCAUAAUGGUUUCAAUCAAACAAUCGUCACGUGGUACAGGUGGAUGCACCGCGAUUCAUGUCGUCAAUAUAGAAAGCGUGAGCUAUUCAAGUUACCAACAGAAUUGAGUGAUCAUAGCUAUAUUACGGUAUGUACAUGCUAUGCUGAUUACUGUAACGGGAGAUCAUCCGCAGCAACAACCGAACAAGGGACCUUCCAGUGUCCACUCUUUCUUGUGUUAUAUUUCUUUAUCAUUCUGUUUUCUAUCCAGAGGAUCCUUCUUAUUAAUUUUUCACUGCCUUAA